AUGACUCAUCUGACGAAUACACACAGGCUAUUUAGUUUUGUCAGUAGAGAGGAUAUGUACCGAAGAUUGAAAAGAAUAGAGAAUGGUUGUGUUGAUAGCAUUGGAGACGAAGCGCGACAUUUAAACACGUAUUACCUACAUCCGUUGAUUAGGACUGAUCUGUAUCAUUUUCCGCUGUCGCCCAACUAUUAUAUCAAGCAGAUCAACAAAGACGGCAAGGAGGAGUACAUUCAUCAUUCUACACAUGAAAACACUGGUGAGGUCUACACUCGCUGCUCUGACUGUACAGCUUUUGUAAAGAGAAAAAGAAAGACAUUAAAGACGGCUACUCAAAAGGCUCUAGGAACUGGUGUAGCUUCAUAUGAUUCUCUAAUGGAAUUCAUGAUAAACUCAAAUACAACAUGUGCACUGACUGGUAUCAAGGGCUCUUGGUCAUCGUUUCCUGGUGAUCCAAUGUAUUUACUAUCACUGGAUCAUAAGAUACCAUUACGUGCUGGUGGAUCAUCUUAUAUUGAUAACCUUCAAGUUACAUUACAAAGCUUCAACAACAUAAAGGGAGAUUUCGAAGCAGAAGAUUUCAAGAGAUGGUUUACAGCAAUCAAGCAAAUGCCGAAAGUAUGA